UUUUUUUUUUCUCUCUUUUUCAUUUCAUUGUCUCAAACAUGAGUUCAAAUAAGUUGAGAAUUCUGUGCUUGCAUGGCUACACACAGAAUGCAACCAUGUUUCGUAAAAAGACAGCAGUAAUGCGCAAAAGUGUCGAAGACAUUGCUGAAUUCGUUUAUAUCACUGCACCUCAUCAUAUUGCACCAGCUACAUUAACCACAACCGCUGAACGUGAAGAAGCUGCCAAGGAAGAGGUAUCAGAAGAACAUGCACCUUUUGGCUGGUGGUACUCACCCAAAUACAAACCUGUUAGACCAGAUGGUUAUUUUGUUGGUUAUAAAGAAACUGUUGAAUAUGUUAGGGAUGUAUUAAAGAAACAGGGACCCUUUGAUGGUAUUCUUGGGUUUUCACAAGGCGCUUGCUUUGCAGCUCUGCUUACCGAAAUGCUGGAAAAUCAUGAGCUCGAUCACCCACCUUUUAAAUUCUCGAUUAUUGUGGCGGGAUUCAAACCUUCAAUGCAAGAAGCAACAAAUAUGAUGCUGAGAAAGGACAAAAAAGUCAAAACACCUAGUUUGCACUUUAUUGGAGAUUUGGAUACAUUGGUUUUGCCAGAGAACAUGAUUUCGCUAGCAGAAACUUUUGAAAAGGCCAAAAUAUUUCGUCAUACAGGAGGACAUUAUUUGCCAUCCAAUCCAGCCAGUCGUAAGGAAUUCCAAGCUUUCAUUGCACAGUUUAACCAAUGAACUGUCUACGAUAAACAGUCACACAAGGCUUUGAUUAAAAAAAAUUUUUUUUUGCACACUCUUUGUCAAAAGACAUUUUU